AUGGAUUUGAUUAAUUCAGCUGUUUUGGGCAAUAGUAGUUGCAGUGAUGAUAAUGACGUAAAUAGCAGUAGUGAUAUUGAUAAUGGCAAUGGUAAUACUGAUAAUAACAAUAAUAAUAGUAAUGAUGAGGACACUGAUAAUGAAAAAGUUGUAACAAGUGAUAUGCAAAAUGUGGAUGAUGAUUGUUCAGUGGCAAUUGUUGAUUUGCCAAAAUCUGAUCAAAUGCCAGCAUCGAUGGAUAAUUUAACUUUAUUAAUGUCAUCAUUACCACCAUCAUCAUCAGUUGUGGAUCAGAUUAGCAGUACAGCACCUGAAACUCAAAAUGCAACUGGAUCAAGCCCAGAGAGCAAAAGUAGAUCAUCAGGUGCAGAUCAAUCACUAAUUGCUGUUGAAAAAGCGGAACGGCCGAGUUUGAGCUACAAGGAUCUCAUUAUUGAGGCCAUAGAAAGUAGUCCAGAAAAGCGAUUGAAAUUGAAUGAAAUAUAUCAAGUUAUACGUAUGUUGCAUCCGUACUAUCGUUUACGGCCAGAUCAAUGGGGAUGGCAAAAUUCAAUACGUCACAAUUUGAGUCUUCACGACUGCUUUGUUAAAUUACCUCUGAAACAAACAUCUACAAGCGGUGUUGUUGGUCAUUUUUGGACUGUUGUGCCAGAAUUAGGUGAUAAGCAAACUUUACGACGACGUAGUCGUGGCUCAAAUCGAGCAAGUACCAAUAGGGCACCAUCAACAAGCGCUGCUGCAGCAGGUGGCCAAUUUAAUAACCGAUUGUCAUCUGCUGAUGGUACCUCAAAUAGAAUGCUAAAUUGUAGUGAUUACUUUUUUCUACGAACGGGUUCCGAUGAAGAUAUUGCUAAAGGAGAUUAUAGAAAUGCAGUAAAAACCGAAGCAAACGAAAUGAGUAAUGGAAAUGGAAGAAAUAGUGAUGGUAGCAGAAACACCAGUCCUUUACAUGGUGGUCUCAGUGGUACUUCUAUUGCUGCUGAUUUUCAAUCGUUUUGGAAUGAUUCAACGCAGGCAACACUACAAUCGGUUUACAAGCCACAACCAUCAUAUACCUCAGCGUUAAACCAUCACUUUGCGAGUGCAGCAGCAACAGCUGAAGUAGCAACUGGCGCUACAAUUUCACCGGUUUCCGGCUCUGGAAAUGGUAGUUUGCAUUUGCCAUUAUCCACGUUACCAACUUCUGCAGCAUUUGCAACAUCUGAAGGAUCUUUUGAUCCUUCAUCGUCUAAUGUUGAUGAUUACAAAUCCUAUGCGCAGACCCUAUUAAAUGCAUACUUCUACCAACAGGGGCUUUUAAUGUCAUUGCAACAGUUAGCUGAAGUUGCAAAUCGCGUAAAUCCAAUUGCAUCAAUUUUGCCUACGCAUUCAGUAGAUGCGAAACUUCCUCUAUUGAAUGGUUUACUCUCAAAUCCCGCACUUCUGACCUCUCAAAUGCCAAUUGUUAAUGUUGCAACCGCGGCUGCAAUUAAAGCUGCAGCUCUCGGUUUGUCACCUUUGUUACCUCUUAAUCUUAAUGAUAGCAACAACAACAAUGGUAAUAAUGAUAACGGUACAUCAGUCACAGCAACCGCAACACCUACAACUCAUUAUCCAUUUCUCGAUCCUGAAAAUCUGCUUGGAACUUCGAAGAUAUCGCCAUCCUCGAGUUCUGCUUCAUAUCCUGCCAUUGCUACCACUACCAAACAACCGCAGAUUUCUUCCGUUUCAUCUACUUCUGCUACUUCCCCAGCAAAUAAUUCUUUAUCAACGUUUGUAAUCAAAAGUGAAGCUCCAUCAAGUUAUACUUUUUCUUGA